CACACGCGAUGGUCCAUCAUCCUUUUUCACUUUCACCUGUCGUGCCUGUCAGCGAAUCAGUCCAACGUCGAGGCAAGACCUAAAAGCGCCUUCGUAACCGGCUGCUCCCCUCGCGUCGCCCCCUCCCUCCCUCUGGUCUGGCUGCUCUUCAUCUGGACAAAGCAUCGGGCAAGCCCCGACAGCGCCAUUCGCUGUAACUCCAUUCAUCCAGAUCCAGGAGGCAGGGGCAAGGGGGACAAAAAAGGAGGAGCCAUGUCCACCUCCAGCAGCGUCAAGCCUCUGCAGGCUCAUGCUGCAGCAACACCGCAGCCCGGCCAAAGUGAAUUGCGUUCCUCGCUCUCCUCACACUCACAACAUCCUUUCAGGCUUGAAGUCAGGGAUGUCACACCCGUUUCCAUCUCCCUGCUCUGGUCCCUUCGACCUCCACCCAUCUCUGCCGCUUUCUCCAAUUCUCGCUCCAGGCCGCUAGCUGGCGGCAGCAACAGCAAUAGCGCAGCUUUGCAAAAUUCAAUGGCCGAUGCCGGACCCAGAGCCGGCAAUGUCAUCAACACCGCAAACCUUGCUUCCACCUCUUCCACGACAACUGCUGUGACAACAUCGACGAUCACCACCAGUCCAACAAUGCGCAGGAGAACAGGUACUACGAGAUUGAGGCUAAGAACUUCCAGUCCCAGCACCGCGGCUCGGUUAGCAUCGGCUCAGGCGAGUCAGCCUCAGGAUGGGGUCGACGAUGCAGACAAUUGGCCCGAUGACGGUGCUACGGCUGUGGACGUGGAUUCCGAUAGAGGGGACGCCGAUGAUGCUCCAAGCGGCGCUAAACCCGAGCAGCCACGUGCGUCUACACGGCCCCAGGGGCGGGCGCGCAAGAGGAGACCAGCCAACCAUUCCGAUCAGCGCGCUGCCGGAUCCGACUCAGAAACUUCCGAAACGGCGGGUCAUGGUGAUGGCACUUCGGCAAACACGUUGCCGUCCAGUUUGGCCAACAACACCGAGGAAGCCAAGAUGGGACGAGUGUUCGAUAGCGGAGUGAGCGUCUCUGUUAAUGGAGUGCCAUGGACUCACGUCGUUCUAGCAGAUAGAGGCAGCGAGGAGGCUGUCAUCGUUGUGUACGGAUUGCUGCCGAAUAGGGUGUACAGCAUAGACCUAGCGGUAGGAGGCAAGGACGAGUUCAAAUUCGCUGGUCCCCAGAUCCAAGCACCCGAGCCUGCCGCGACGGAAGGGCAAAAAUCGUCUGUCGAAGACAGCGUACAAGCCUUUGUCGUUCCCUCUCAAUCUGCACCUGCACCUGCGAGCCCCGACACUGCUGCACAGUCCUCAGCUCUUCCCUGGAGUAGGGGUGCGCCAGCAAGCACCAGCACACCGCCUCUUCUUUCGUCCGAAGAUGGAAGCGAGAGCGCAUCUCAUGCCGCGCUGCUCGCCGACAUUGCAGCAUCCAGCAACCUCCGCGAGGCUCUCAACGCGGAAUUGCGCAAAGCCAGAAAGGAAUCUCAAAGGGCCGAAGGAGCUCUGCGAUCGGAGAUUGACGCUCUCAAGAAGGGACUGCAAAAGCAGACCGACACAGACCACAGAAGCAGACAAAAAGUGCUUGCUUUGCAAGAGGGAAUCCGGCAGUCAACUUUGCAGGCAAAGGAGAUGGAACAAGAAGCUGAGAGCGUCAACAGUGGACACGAAGAGGCAUACGAGAGAGAGCGGCAAGCCAAUGAAAGAUAUGAGCAAGUGAAAGUAGAAGUCGAGAAGCGCGAGAGCGAGGAUAAGGCGGCGCUGCUGAAAGUACAGGAAGAUAUGAGGAACCAUCAAAGCAAAUUGAGCGCUAUAAACGAUGCGGUCGAGAACCGAGAGAGGGAGAGGAAACAUCUCAAAGACGAGAGGUGUUCAAAUCUGGAGCUGCAAAUAGAGAAGCUAAAGGAGGAAAUCGAGAGGAUCAGAAGCGCACCUUUGGAGUUCGUGCGAAGCCUGGACGCAGAUGCUUCUCAGUCACAAAGCUCGACAGGGUCCGCAAUGCUUGUAGCGACACAGGUCCCGGGCAAAGGCUCCACUGGUAGCGCAGGUACCCCAGGAGGACAGUUCAACCCCUCUGGCGGAGCAAGAGUCGCACCGCUAGGCGGACUCAUCAACAUGGCCUCCACGUUGGGUAAGAGGGCGCCCCAAGGGAGAUCGUCUAGCGGCCCCAAUGUGUAUCAUCCUGCUUCUAGGAGAGGCGCCUUUGUGGGAGGUGGACGUCCUAGCGGCUCCACUGGUCCGGAUAGAGUCGGAAGCCAUUUUGGGUCCAACAAUCAUCCAUCUUCGGAUAGCAUGACCCGCCACUUCGUAUCGGGCUCCGGAUUGAUGCCCAGAGAGCUCAGUGAAGCAGCGUCCUAUGUCCAGACCCACCAACAAGCCCCAUUCUCUUCGUCGACCACUUUGAAUCCUAACAAGCCCGAGUUCGUCCCAUCAGGAUCUAGCGUUUCUCCGGUGCUGGCAAUGCCCAGCGGUGCUUUCCCACUUUCGGCAAACAGCGACAAUACGUCGCCUCUGAAUCAGCCCGGAAGUGCCGCGGGGGCAAGCCUGCCCCACUUUGGAGGUGUCAACAACAAGAUCAACUUGGGACCGAGCGAUUCUUUGUAUCCUCACAGACUGGGCAGCAAUCUGUCCAACGCACCGUCCCCGCUCGGUGGUAAUUCUCCAAACCUCCCUUUCAACGUUCCUCAUCAUCCCCCUCAAGCUACUCCUCAAUCCGGCUCUCCCUUCAGCUCGUCACUCGUAGCCAAUACGUCCAGCGCAGGAUAUCUUGGACCUGCUGCUGUGGAGGAACCACAAAGAAGAAAAUCCUUUGGUCCUCUGGACUACGACGAUUUCGGACCUGCUGCGCAUUCACAGUCCAGUAACCCAGGUCAGAUCGGAUCGAGCGCAACAAAUGCUGGAGUUUGGAACGGCCUCCCCCACCUUACUGGGCUGCAGGCUGCCGCAUCUGCCACUAAUUCCAGUCUGACGCCAUCUGGAGCUGCGCCAGGAUCUAAUCAUGCUUCACCUUGGAACAACACAGUACAUCUUCCGGACACAGGGACGAGCAGCAUUCGUGGGCCUUCGUACCCCGCUGCCGACAUUUGGGGCCUUUCGAAUUCGUCCACUUCUUCACCUCUAAGGAGCCGGGCAGCUUUGAUGGGCGUUGGUCAACCGCCCGCAUCAGGAGCUUUGGCGCUGAAUCGAACGAACGCAAGCAACAGCGGCACAAGGCAAGUUUCGGGCAAUGCCGGCCCUGGAAGUAUGGGCUCCGAACCUGUCAGUCCCGUCAGCCCUAGGGCUUUCCCGUUCUCUUCAAACAUCAAGCCCAGCGGCGACAACAUCUCUCCAAGGCAUCUUGGGUCGUUUGGUCCCUUGCAACAACACCAACCUUACUCUGGCGGUCCCAUAGUAGGACAGACUAGUGCUUUAGGGACUCACCUCAAUAGCCCCGUCUUUCCCUCGAACGCUGGUGCCUUCAAUGAAAGUCCGACCUUUGGCAACUACGCCAACACGAGUGACAUUUGGUCUACUCCACACGUUCCCCGCUCGCCUGUCAAGCGCGGAAGCGGAACAAGGGGCAACGAGGGAGCAGUAUUAAAGGAAGGAUAUGCUAAUGCGGGAGCAGCUCGAGCAAGUGCCUCUGCAGGUGUAGACGCAGACCUCGGUGCACUUGGUGACGCAGAACAGCAAUCGGAGGCGGCCGAUUCUAGCACUGUAGGAAACGGCUCUCAUAUGGAGUCACAGGCCGCACACAGCUUCGCAAAAGUGGCCGCAGACGGAGCGAGGCGCGACGCUUCCGGCUGAACGCACAACUCUGCAAGCACGUCAUCACGGCCUCGCGCAGAUCUGAAUGGCCUUUCUGUACUCGUAUCAACUUCUCAGAGUGUAUCUCCUUGAACACGGAUUACAUGCGUGGGCUAGAAACCCUGUCUUGCAC